GUACGUGGUAACACAAAACUCCUCGACCGGCUGGAACUUGAGUAAUCGCCUUCCUUCUCGCCGGUUGAACGUCGUGUACCUACAAAGAACUCUCACACCGGAGGGGUUUUCCGGUGAAGAGCCUCCGAUGCUUAAGUCAGUGUGUAUUCAAUCAAUUCUCAAGAGUAAUAGAAUGAUCGUGUUGAAGAAGAAAGGCUCACCCCCUUUAUAUAGAGGUGAGAUACCUGACCUAGGGCUGCCCGGAUCUGAUGAGCUGUCUGCCCUAACUGCCCGUCCGUACGCACCAAACGCGUGUGUCAGAGGUAAUC